GCCGAUUUUUAUUGGUCGGGAGAAAAUAUAACAAUACAAAGAAAUAACACUACAAAGACAAUUUCAACUUUUGCUUAAUUUAAACAUUCCACAUUUAUGAGUGCUGAUUUCGCAAUUAUAUCUGCUGUUGGCCUUUUACAAUUAGUUUUUAAAAACUAAGACCGUGGUCAAAGCAGUGAAGGCGUUAGUGUACGAGAACCCGGAAAUAAAAGAUGGUUGGUGGUUGUUAAAGGAGUGAGGAAGUACUGCUCAUACAAGAGAGCGGUUUCAAUUUUGUUACGUCUCUUUGCGUGUUCUUUCCUUCUUGCAUUUUAUUGUACUUAUCGAAAGUUUAGUUGACGCUGUUAUGGCUUCUGGAGUAACAGUAGCUGAUGAUGUCGUAAAGGAGUAUAAUGAUAUGAAGAUUAUGGGGCGCCAGGAUCCUAAACGGAGAAAGAAAGCCCUCUUCAUGCAUCUGUCUGCAGACUUUAAACAGAUUGAGAUAGAUCAUACCAGAGCACUUUAUAUGGAGAAUUGUGAUGGGGAUAAAGACAUUUUCAAGCAGCUACCUGAUAUGGUGAAUUGUAAGGAGCCUUGCUACAUUUUGAUCGAUGUGUGUUUUGCAGUCGGGGAGUGCAAAAAACAAGAGCUAGUAUUGUUAAGCUGGAUACCAGAUACUUCUGCUGUUAAAAUGAAGUUAAUAUAUUCAUCCUCAAAAGAUGCCUUGGUGAAAAAACUUCCUGGUACAAGGCAUAUGUGGGCUUGCAGCAGUACAGAAGAGCUCAAGGACUAUGUCUACUUGGGUGAAAAACUUGGAGCUACUGAAAUAGAAGGCAAACCUUUGUGCUCGAGGAAAACUUAAUCAUGCCACUUGUAUGUUAAUAGUAGUGUAGCAUUACAGUGGAUGCUAGCUGGAUGAACCCUACUUUUAAUUUGCCUGCUUACUGGCCAGCUAAUCUGCAUUUUCAUGACCAUUCCAGAUGUACUUCAAUUUACUGAAAAGUUGAGAUUGGUACUAAAGUUUGUCCAUUAGACAUUUUGCUUAGAAUAUCUGCUGUUCUGACAUUCCAUGCCUUGUAAUUAUUUUCAGCCAGUAAAUUUUCACUCUGUUGCAAUGAAUUGAAAAGGAACCUGGUGUAAAGCAUUGCAGAGAUUGUUACACACAUGGGCUUGCAUAUCGUGGGGACUUUAGGUGAAACUUAAUUUUCCUGUUUAAGCUUUUGAAGGGCUAGCCUACUUGCUUGUACCACUCUACCAGGUGUUUUGAAAGUUGCAUAAGUAUUUCAGCAGUUUUGCUCUUGAUGAACUAAGGACAGCACUUGGUAAACUUGCACAUUCUAUUGGCAACUUGUGAUUGCCACUGUGCACUGAAGAAUCCUUGACACUGUUUUGCAUUGGACCACUCAAUUCAUUUAAUAUAAAAUUGGACCAUUAAAUGAGAAUUGCACAUGUCAUCUACAACCCAUCAACUUUUACUGCAGCACAGUGAUAGUUAUGAUGGAGUUCCAUUGUGUGAAGCUUUCUGGCUAGAAUAUUUCUGUCCUUGUACAGAUGUUGAAUUGUAUUUGGGGACCAUUUAAACUGUCUUAAUCUGUCAAUGUGUGAAGUUAGAAUUUUGCAGUAUUGCUUGUAAUAAAGUUGAUUAGUCCUGCAGUGUGUUUAUUGCUGGUGGAUAAACUUGUUACUGACCCAAGAAA